AAGAAGCCUCGUCUCUAGGAUACGGAGAAAGCGUUCGUGUUGGACUGAUGGAAUGCUAUCAAUGGAGCAUCUUCACCUGGAACAUGUUCUGCAGACUGUGUGUGUGUUGGAGUCAGUCAUCCUCCGCAGUUUUGGCCCUGAAGGAGGACAGGUGCUGUUCACCCGAGACACCGGACAGGCGAUGUUGAGCCGCAGCGGGACCCGCAUUCUCACUGCGCUACAACUGGAGCAUCCACUGGCCAGGAUGGUGGUGGAGUGUGUCUUGAAACACAGCACUGUAACAGGCGAUGGAGCUAAGACCUUUAUCCUGCUGCUGGCGUCAUUACUACGGAUGAUUCAUACAAUGGCUUGCAAGGAGCCUAAUCUGUCUCACACCUAUAACUCCAGGGAAGCAGCAGAGGCUGCCACUGCCAGGCACUUGGCUGACAAAAUAUUGGCUUUUUCAUUGGAGGAGCUGGAUGAUCUCAUUGUCAAGGGAGUGGGCCCGCAUGGAUACUUUCUUUCGUGGGAGGAUUUAACUGCACAGACACAAUCACCUGGGCACACAAACUCUCACAGCGUUCAAAAGCUGCUGGCAUCAUUCUUUCAUUCACGUUUGGGUCACACCCACUGUGACUUUAUUAGUGACCUCACCUGAGAACUGCUCGCUCACUGUAAGUUUAAAAAUGACCUACCGUCCUCAUCACUCCAGUUUGUAAAUGACAACUUCCCUGCAUUGCAUACACCUGUAUCAGGCUUCCCUAUUAGUUCCUCACGUUUGAUUGAGGGGCAGGUCAUUCACAGGGACUUUGCUACAUCCUGCCCUCAGACUGACCACCAGCCAAUCAAAGCUGUAGUUUUCACUGGGUAUCUGCAACCAGAAUUGCUCAGUGCGGGAGAAGUGCUGGAGCUGGGAUGUGGAGAGCACGGGGUGGAGGAGAAUUCAAGGAAGGAGAGAAAUAUUAUGCAGUUUAGUGCCUGGGCAGAAAGGUCACUCGAGUGUGUCAUUGCAAAGCUGCAGAGUCUGGGUGUCUCUGUGGUCCUGUCUGCAGUGAAACAGUCGGCUGCUGUCCUGGCUUUAGCCUCACAGGCAGAGAUGUGCGUUGUGGAAUGUGUCAGUGAAGAUGAGCUGUCUCUCUUUGCCCAGCUAAGUGGGGCCACACCUGUCUCAGACUGCUUGAUGAUUGAACCAGAGCACGUUGCCAUACUGACCUUUUGCAGACCAAUACUGCUGGGAGCCCAUAGGUAUGUCCAUGUGGCUUUCCAUGAUUCAGAGGUCAUGGUCACACCCUGUAGUCUGGUCAUUUGUGGAGCAGGGGAAGGACAAACUGACCAGUAUGCAUGUGCGUUUCAAGAUGCCAUCCGCAUGCUACUUUCAACUUGGGAGCCCUUGAGUAUGACUGCACCUACAGCAUCAAAGAGGACCUUGCACACAGACAAAAGCUCAUCUUUACAUACAGAUAAUCAGAUCCCUAAUGCACCUCUCCUCCAGCAGUGUGUGUUGGAGCCAGGCUGUGUCAUACCUGCUGGUGGGACAUUUGAGUUCCUCUUAAACCAUGUCCUCCUACAACAUGGCCGCAGCUGCUCAGUUUCUGAUGAUACAAAUAUGGAUAUCCCUGCUGUUUGCCAGCUCUUGGCAAAUGCUCUGUUUAGCAUUCCCCGACAGAUUUACUCCCACAGCCUGAGACAUUUCCUGCAAAUUCAAACUAGGCUCCUGAGUUUUAUUCAAAAUAAUUCCCACCCUUUUGGCCUUGUAUACAAACAAGAACGCAACACAAUCCCCACACAGGAUCAGGGCAAAAGCGAAUUUCCUCUAGAGGAGGAUAAACUAAGCAUACAUUGUUGUAGAGAAGCUGACAUGCCAUCAAAAGUUUUUAUGUCGCACUUGGGCCUUGAAUCUGUCUCCUGUAAAUACAAGCUGCUUCUGGCCGUGCUGCAGUGUGCCUCAAGUCUUCUUCAUGUGGAUACUGUGCUGCACACAUGCACUGCCUCACACGCUCAGUCACGCAGACUUGCAAACAUUUCCUGGGAGGGCACAGAGGACGAGGCUGAAGAUUGAGAUUGUAUUGUGCCCCGAGAUGAAAGCCAUAAACUCAGUUUCUAGUUUCUCUCUGUACUUACUCAGGUAUCAUUCAAAAGUUGGAGGAAAUAAUUUGCACUUUAAUAUAGACUGCUACAUUAAUUUUUGUACGGCCACAGUAUUUUUUUUUUCAAAACAAUUUAUUUAUCUCACUACAAAAUGUUUGUGAUGCGUAUUUGUAAUGCAGGUUUAUACUUCCACUGAGAUAAUAAAUUACA